AUAAUGUGUCUAAAAUGAAAAUGUGCUGAUGUCAUUGUGACUACAAAAAAUUUUUAGUUAGAGAUAGCUGUAAUAUUGUGAACUUUUGAUUUCUUUUCGACACAUUCUACUUAUCUGUAAUUUUCCUGUUUACAGAUUUUCAUUCGUUUUUUUUGUAGAUGAGGAUGGUACUGAAGAUGUGAUUGCCACAAGUGCAGUAUUGAACAAAUGUCUUGAAAUUCCUGUAAACACUCGACGACAAAAUGCUGACUGCAAUAAACUAAUGGACACGGGUAGUGAAGUCGUAAAGAAGUGCUUAAAGCUGACGAAAGAAGCUGCUAUGGCAGAUCAACAAUGCAUAAGUUUAAUCAGCCAAAGCACAGAAGCAAUAAAAAAAUGCCUUGACAUCCCUGUAAACACUCGAAAUCAAAAUGCUGACUGCAAGAAAUUAAUAGAAACGGGUAGUGAAGUCGUAAAGAAGUGCUUAAAGCUGACGAAAGAAGUUGCUAUGGCAGAUCAACAAUGCAAAAGUUUAAUCAGCCAAAGCGCAGAUGCAAUAAAAAAAUGCCUUGACAUUCCUGUAAACAUUCGACAACAAAAUGCUGACUGCAAGAAAUUAAUAGAAACGGGUAGUGAAGUCGUAAAGAAGUGCUUAAAGCUGACGAAAGAAGCUGCUAUGGCAGAUCAACAAUGCAAAAAUUUGACCACUCAGGGGACAGGAGAUGAGGAAAUGAUGGAAGAUUCUUCUACUUCCAUAAUGAGGUGUUUGGAACUUCCUUUGAGUGAUCGCCUUUUAGAUAAAGAUUGCAAAAAUUUAAUGGAAACGGGAACGGAAGUGGUAAAAAGGUGCAUGUUACUCACUCUGUCAGAAAUUUCACAAGACUCAGAAUGUAUGAAGAUUACUGGAAUGGAAGACGAUGAAAUUUAUGAAGAUUCUACAACUGACAUGAUUAAAAUGUGUUUGGAGCUUCCCUUGCGUAUUCGACUUGCAAAUUCUGAUUGUAAGGAUGUAAUGAACGAUGAUGAAGUGUUAAAAAGGUGCAUGCAACUGCCUCUCUCAGAAAUUUCACAAGACUCAGAAUGUAUGAAAUUAAAGAUAACUGGAACUGAAGAUGAGGAGACUUCUGAAGAAUCUACAAGCGAUAUCAUUAAGAGUUGCUUGAUGCUUCCUUUAACUGAUCGCCUUGCAACCUCUGAUUGUAAGAUGGUAAUGGACACAAGCAGCGAUGUAGUGAAAAGAUGCAUGUCACUUACUUUGUCAGAAAUUUCUCAAGAUUCCGAGUGUAAGAACUUAAAGACAACUGGAAUCGAAGAUGAAGGAAACACGCAGGAGAUUAACAUAGAUGACGAGUUUUACAACGAUUUUUACGAAGAUGAUUCCAUGACUCCUGUCAAGAAAGCAGACAAAAUAACUUCUAUCAAAAUUACUGCUUAAGAAUGAACCAGCGCUCGACCUGAAAAGAAUCUUCGCCAAUAAUCGUUUGAUCUUUGACUAAAUCUUAUUUAUGUAUUGAAAUUAUAAUAAAAUAUAUAGUACACAGCUUUAAA